GCUGCCGGGGACAGCUGGGGCCUGCCUGGCGGGGGCGGGCAGGCACGGCGGGCACCCCGGGAACAGCGGUGCAGGGGCGGCGCACCGGCAGCCACAAGCCUUGUCUUCAUGUACAAACAGGAGACAACGCUGCAGUAUUUUCCAAUACGUGGGACGAGGCCCACGCACAGGCUGGGUGUGGCGGCUCCUCCUGACACAUUGUUAUCUUGACACUGCACGUAGUUGUUUUGGCACUGCCUGCCAACGCUGGGACGCCUACGUGUUGGGACGGUUCCAUGGUCCACGGAGAGGUACAGAAGAUGGGUCUGUUGAGCUGGCUGAUGAGGCGCAUGCUGCGUCUGGUGGUGGACUUGGCGGUCCUGACGCUGGUGUUUGUGCUGCUGCCAGGCCUACCACCCAAGGUUACUUACAACAACUAUGAAAUGCUUCCACCUUCAUUGCCUUUGGAGGGAGCUUUGGCUGGAAACAAGAAGCUGAACAAUGUACAGAGGAUCCUGGAUGGGAAGAUAGUAGGGCCAGAGUCCAUAGCUGCCCGGGGAACAGAAGAAAUCUUUGUGAGCCUUCAUGGGGGCAAGAUACUGCGGUUGUGGGGACCCAGAUUUGACCACUUCAAGAGUGUGGCUUCCAUUGGACCAGGAUGUGAUGGCCCAUGGCAGGAGGAUAUUUGUGGCCGCCCUCUAGGCCUCAGAUUUGCUCCAGAUGGCAAACUGCUAGUAGCUGAUGCUUACUUUGGCUUGUUCUCAGUUGAUGUUGACACAGGGGAGAAGGAGUCACUUUUUGACGUCAAACAAGAAAUAGAGGGUGCCAUGCCUAUGUUACCGGACGACCUUGACGUUGACAAGGAUGGCAACAUUUACUGGUCAGAUGCAUCAACAGCGUCCCAUCUCUCUGAUUCAGUGAUUGAAAUGCUGAGUGACCCAAGUGGAAGGCUCAUCAAAUAUGACCCCAAGACUGGCACCAACACUGUACUAGCCCGAAACAUCCACUUUGCAAAUGGAGUGCAAUUGUCUCCAGAUCAUGACUUUGUUCUCUUCUCUGAGACAUUCAAGUUCAGAAUUCUAAGGCAUUGGUUAAGCGGUCCCAAGGCUGGCGAGACAGAAAUCUUUGUGGACCGGUUGCCAGGGUACCCAGACAACAUCCGAGCAAGGAACGAUGGAGGGUACUACAUUUCUCUGGUCUCUCUUCCCUCUGAAAGCAACAGACAGCUUGCUUCGGCUCUGGGAUCCUUACCAUUUGUAAGGAAACUGCUUCUGAGGAUACUGGUUUUAACAAAACUAAUCUUUGAAGGUGUCAACAGUAUUUUCCCCAAUCAAUAUAUUGAAAAAAUGGCCAGCAAGACCCUACACCUGGAGCCCGUAAGUGAAAUGAAUCUCAAGGAGUCCAACUUGACCAUUGUGGUGGAGGUGGAUGCUGCUGGAAAGAUUGUGGACUCUCUGCAGGGUGACUCUGGCAAGAUUGUCCAAAUAUCGGAAACUCAGAAGGUGGGAGAUAACCUGUUCUUUGGCUCACCAUACAACAAGUAUCUUGGGCGUAUCGAUCUCAGUCCACCCUCUAUGGAAGUAGAGGGAAAAGGUGUCAGGAUGAAGGUUGAAAAAGAGGAAAAUGCAGAUGAAUUAGGUGAUGACAAACCUUCAGAAGAAAAAGUAGAUCAGCCUACAAAAGAAGCAGAGAAGGAAGAUUCUCAAGAAGUUGAACUAAAGAAAGAAACUAAGGAGAAACAGAUUCAUGAAGAGGUCAAAACUGAUUUUACUAAAGAAGAACUUUAAGAAUAGUCAGAAUUUGAUUUUUUCACCGAGGAAAGGGGUUUAUCUUGUGUUGUUAAAUAUCUGUGAUGAGUAGAAAGUAUUAUUCACACAGUACAA